GGAACCAGGGUAAUGGAACCUAGAAACAACGUGACCCACUUUGUCCUCCUGGGCCUCACACAGAAUCCAAAGGAGCAGAAAUUCCUUUUUGUCUUAUUCUUGUUCCUCUACAUUUUGACCAUGGUGGGAAACCUUCUCAUUGUUGUGACCGUCAUUUUUAGUAAGACUCUGGGUACGCCAAUGUACUUCUUUCUUGCUAGUUUAUCAUUUAUGGAUGUCAUUUAUUCUACCUCUAUCUCUCCCAACUUGAUUUCAAACUUGUUCCUUGGGAAAAAAACCAUAUCCUUCCAAUCUUGUAUGAUCCAGCUAUUUACAGAGCACUUUUUCGGUGGAUCAGAGGUCUUUCUUCUGUUGGUGAUGGCCUAUGACCGUUACGUGGCCAUCUGUAAGCCUUUGCAUUACUUGGUUAUCAUGAGGCAAUGGGUGUGUGUGGUGCUGCUGAUAGUGUCCUGGAUUGGAGGUUUCCUGCACUCAGUAAUUCAGCUCAGCACUAUUUACGGACUUCCAUUUUGUGGUCCCAACAUUAUUGAUCACUUCUUCUGUGAUAUGUAUCCCUUACUGAAGCUUGUCUGUACUGACACCUAUGUCAUCGGCCUCUUGGUUGCGGCCAACGGAGGAGUCAUCUGUUCUAUUGUGUUCCUGCUCUUGCUCAUCUCGUACGUUGUCAUCUUGUAUUCCCUGAAGAACCUGAGUCAGGAAGGGAGGCGGAAAGCCCUGCAGACCUGCGUCUCCCACAUCACGGUGGUGGUUCUCUUCUUUGUUCCCUGCAUUUUCAUGUAUGGAAGACCUGCUAGGACCUUCCCUGUGGACAAAUCAUUGAGUGUAUUUUAUACAGUCAUAACGCCCAUGUUGAACCCUUUAAUUUACACUCUGAGAAAUUCAGAGAUGACAAAUGCUAUGAAGAAACUCUGGAAAAUAAAAGUAAAUUUAGGUAAUCAGUAG